AUGGCUCCAUAUGAGGCUCUGUAUGGCAGAAAAUGUCAGUCUCCACUAUGUUGGUAUGAAACUGGAGAAAGAAGUUUAUUAGGGCCUGAAAUGAUAGCUGAAACAACUGAACUGAUAAAGAAGAUUCUUACACCAACCACUGGCGUGGGAAGAGCUAUUAAGACUAAGAAACUGAAUCCCCGUUAUAUUGGACCCUUUGAAAUUCUGAAGAGGAUUGGGCCAGUGGCUUAUAGAAUUGCCUUACCGCCAUAUCUUUCAAAUUUGCACGAUGUGUUUCAUGUGUCUCAGCUUAGGAAGUACACCCCUGACACAAGUCAUGUUCUAGAACCAGAACCAAUCCAAGUGAGAGAAGAUCUAACACUCCCAGUAAUUCCGGUGAGGAUUGAUGACACCAGUGUUAAACGAUUACGAGGAAGGGAAGUAUCAUUGGUAAAAGUAGCUUGGAGUCGAGCUGGUAUCGAGGAACAUACCUGGGAACUCGAAUCAGAUAUGCGAAAGGACUAUCCAAAUCUCUUUUCAGGUAACUAG